AUGGCAACAUUUGCUACCGACAAAGAUUUGAGUAUACAUGUUCAAAAAGAUGUUCAAUUAGGAGUUGAUAAUUUUUUCGCGACUACACGAACUCAAGAUAAAGUUGGGCAGAAUGGACUUCCGUUGACGCCUGCUACUACUGAAAUUACACUUUUGCAUCCUGAUUUAUGUGAUUAUGUUGAAAUUGUCAAAGGAAAACAUGAUCGAUUAUUUGUGAUAUUUGAAUAUCAUAAUGAUAAUUUCGGAAAAUUGUAUAGUCAAUCUGAAGAUGAAAACACGCAUAUUUUAAGUGUAAGCAUUGAUGAAAUACGAAAAUGGGCAUUUCAAAUUCUGAACGCAUUAAGUUACUUGAAUGAUAAUAAUAUCAUACAUCAUAAUUUGGCACCACAUAAUAUAUUGAAUGUGAAAUUAGCAGAUUAUGGAUUUUUUUAUAUGACUGGUGAAGGUGCGGACGUUGAUUUUCCUAUUGGCUAUCCUCAUUAUUUACCUCCCGAAGCGAUUUAUAAAUCAGAAUCACCUUAUAGCAGUGGAAAGAUUGAUGUAUGGUCAAUAGGAGUAAUAUUUGCCGAACUGUUUACAAGCUCUUUAUUUUGGGAAGGAAACGACAAAGAUAUUGAGAAAAUAUUCACAUCACUAUGGAAACUGCAAUUACUUGGGAAAAACCAAGAGGAUGAAGAAGUAUGGGAUAGUUCCUCGGUGUGUCAACUUGGAAUCAACGAGGCAAUAGUGAAAUUUCUUCAGGGCACCUCUUCGGAAGAAGAGGAUCCACAAUAUGUGGAAUUUCGACAAUUUAUUCGGGCAUGUUUGGAGUCUCAAUUACUAGACAUUGACGAAGACAAUAAUCCAGUAAUAACAACAGCAAAUAAUAAUCAUGACAAUAAAAUGACUACAAAGGAAAAUGACGUUCUCUAUGGAAUCCCUUUAUCACAAAUAUACUAUUUUUGGAAAUUAGCAGGCGGUGACGUAGAGUCCGAACUAGCAAAAAGAGGACUAUUACUCAGCACGCCUCCAAUUGAACGAAUACCAAGAACCGUCAAAGUAUUCGACGGAAAAGAAGAAGGCACAUCAAAGGACACUGCUUUUCUCUUCUCGGAUACAAUUUAUACGCUGUCGCUAAAAGAAUUACGACAACGAUUGGAAGUGGCGACUGGACCAAAUAGAGAGCCGUUUGAAUGGGACACUGAUUAUUUUCUGGUGGUUGAUACUGAUGAUAUGAAUUUCUUGCGUGUUUCGCUGUUCAGCGAGUUACUACGAGAAUAUCCCACAUCACGUGACGAGAUUAUACAUCAUGCAAAAGUUGAUAUUCCACCGUUUCUACGCGGGAAAAUAUGGGCUGCUAUACUGGGAGUGAUGGGCGAUUAUCAGACAGUAUAUGAUGCUUAUGAUAAAGAGGCUGAGCAGGAAAAUGCAACGGAUCGUCAGAUUGAUGUUGAUGUACCACGAUGUCAUCAAUACCAUCAACUAUUAUCCUCUCCCGUAGGUCACGAGAAACUAAGAAGACUCUUGAAAUGUUUUGUCACGGCAAAUAGUAAAUUAUUAGUUUAUUGGCAAGGUCUUGAUUCAUUAUGUGCACCAUUUCUUACGCUAAACUUUAACGACGAAGCAUUAACGUUCAAUUGCCUACAAACAUUCAUCCCGAAAUUUCUCAAAGAUGUGUUUUUGUUUGACAAUUCAGCUGUCAUACAGGAAUAUCUUGCUGUGUUUCGGCAUCUCUUGUCAUUUCAUGAUCCGGAACUGUCAAGUCAUCUAAAUAAAAUUGGUUAUUUACCUGAUUUGUAUGCUAUUCCGUGGUUUCUGACGUUAUUUACGCACGUAUUUCCGCUAGACAAAACAUACCACCUUUGGGACAAGCUACUCGUUGGCCCCUCUUCACUUCCUCUAUUCGCUGGUAUCUCAAUACUGCGGCAACUUCGUGACGUGCUCCUCAAGUCGGAAUUCAACGAAUGUCUCACGGUAUUCUCGGAAUCGUUUCCCGAGGUUGAUAUUGAAAAGUGUAUUCAGUCCGCGUUGUCGAUGUGUAAAGUUACGCCGCCGUCAGUUAUUUUUCGAGUGCAUGAUCCGAAUUCGCAGCCGCAUCAUCAGUCGAAAGAUGAGGAAUUUCAAGUUGCUGAUCAUCCUAAUCAACGAUGGUGGGAACAACCGAUUCCCGUAGAAGUAAAAAAAUCUGAACUUGCUCCACGAAUAUCGCUUAAAGAUUUGGUGAAAUUAAAGAAUUACGUGUUAGUUAUCGACACACGUGGAGAGGAAGAAUUCAACCGUGGUCACUUCCCACUAAGUUUCAACGUGAACCCUGCUCACCUAGACUACGUUGCACAGACACUACGACAACAAAAGAAAAAGUAUCACAUAGUGUUAGCCAAGCGUGGGGAUUCCGGACCACAGUUUGCCAACGACCUCGUGAACGCAUGUUUUCCACGCGUAGCCGUCCUAACCGGCGGCAUCGACGUAAUGCGCGUAGACGCAGCAGAAGGAGUCCCUGUGUGUUCGUGUCGACCAGUGAAAAACAACGUGCCUGGUUCAAAAAAUAAUAAAGAAUUCCCAAUCACGAUAUCAAAGUGUAAAAAGAAUUUAAUGAAACGGGAAUAG